AUGUUCAAAAUACAGUCGAUCAAUUGCUUUGUCGUGACCAUCACAAAUUGUGAUAAGUACCGACUGUUGCGAGUAACGCAAAUUUUGUUUGUUCUGUAUGCACAAGCUUUGAAUUGUGAUGCGCACGGCGUCAUUUACCUUAAUUACAACAGUUCAUCUACUACUUUAAUUACAACUGGCAUUACUGGUGUCGUUGCGCCUGCUACUAUUGCUAGUUUGAGUAACAACUUUAAUAUGGCAACACCUGCCAAGUUCCUUGGAACUCAAGCAGUGGCGCGACAGCAACUGCAUUGGCCGGUGACUUAG